AUGCUAGUAUAAAACUAUACCCUUGACAUUAUUGAUCAGUUGAAAUAGGGCAUUGGGACAGACAUCUUUUUAAAAUCAAAACAACUAUCACGAUUAAAAUGGAGUAUGAAGAAGAGGGUUAUGGCAGUGGGGGUCUGACACCGUGCCCAAUCUGUGGCCGGUCCUUCAAUCCAGACUCAUUGUCCCGGCAUGAACCAAUUUGUAAAAAGUCUGCUCUGAAGGCAAAGAAGAGAAAGGUGUUUGAUUCGGGCAAGCAGAGGGCAACGGGGACGGACAUCCCAAUAAAGGCGACCAUCCGUCCCGGACAGAUUGGCAAGGAAGCAGCCCCUAGAUCUGGAAAUAAGCCACAACCAGCAUCGAAGAACAACUGGCGUCAACAACAUCAAGAAUUCAUCGCAGCCAUCAGGAAUGCGCGUGGCGUAGACCAAGCUUUGAAGGCCGGGGGACCCCUCCCACCACCACCCGCACCGUCCCUGAAUCCAGAUUACGUAACAUGUCGCUAUUGCCAGCGUCGCUUCAACGAGAAUGCUCACGGCCGCCAUGAACCGUUCUGUAAAGAAAAGCACGGUCGCAUAUCAAGUAAACCAGUCAUAUCAGAUCAAGCUAAGCAGCGAGCUGCCGCUAGGACUGUGUACAAAGCUCCGCGCUUAAAGCAAAAGACCGAAUCGGACAUGGCGAACGGCGGUGACUAUGGUGGAUACGGUGGUGGUGGUUAUGGCUCGAGUAUGAAUUAUGGCUCACCAGGGACGGGGAGUCGCCCACCACCUGGUGGAGGGAGAGCAGGUGCCGCUAAGUCUGCUAGUAGUCGUGGGUCAGCAAGAAGUGGGACGACAUAUUCCUCAGCUCGGCGAGAUAGUGGUGGCAGUUUUAAUGGCGGCUACGGGAACAUGACAAAAUCAGAGAGUAUGCCACAAGCGAGCGACCAAGGCAUGGGACGACCGAUGCGUACAGGCCGCGACCCACAGACCUACCAAGAUGCGAAAAAUAGUGUACGCGGCACGGGAAUGGCCCGAAGCAAUAUGUCCAGGUAUAGCAAUAGUAUGGAAUCGUUAACCCAUCUCUCACCGGCUGUAAGUCCGAGUGAUUUUGACUCGCGGACGAGUCCUUCCAGGUACAGGGGCACUCCACCUGGCAGUGGUAGAGGUAUGACCAGCAAUGCAAGCGCGGGCCGCCAGGGCAACGCCGUUGGGAAAUUCUGUCAUGAGUGUGGGACUAAGUACCCGAUUGCCACGGCAAAGUUUUGUGGGGAAUGCGGAAUCAAACGCAUGGCACUUGGUUGAUUGUGAUGCGUUUAUCUAAAUACCAUGUACAGUAAAAAACUAGUGUCCUUAAUAGAGAGGUUGUCAUUAUUAGAGUGGUGUCGGCUAAGGGAGGUUCAACUGUAAUUUAUUAUCGUGCCAAUAGGUGGCAUUGGUACCCACGGACAAACCUAAAUAAAGGAUGCGUAGGAGAAUUUUGACAUCAGAACUGUAAAAUGUGACUCACUCUAACAAAACUAGGCGCUUGUCGCAUCUGAACUCGACAGGUUGAUACGGACUUGUCGUUCAUUUCCCUAUUGUAGACCUUUUGUGAAAUCUAUUACAAACUGAUUUGGUCACAUUUCACAAAAGGUCUACAAUAGGGAAAUGAACAACAAG